CCGGCUCCCUGUCACUCCCAAGCUAACAGCAGAGUGUGCGGCCGCAGGAACGGAGCGAUGCCCAAAUCAAAGGAACUUGUUUCUUCAAGCUCAUCUGGGAGUGAUUCUGACAGUGAAAUUGACAAAAAGGCAAAGAGGAAAAAGCAAGCACUUCCAGAAAAACCCAUAAAGAAGCAAAAGACAGGAGAAAGUUCUAAAGCACCAGCUUCGUCCAAGCAAAGCAGCAGCCGAGAUGAUCAUAUGUUCCAGAUUGGAAAAAUGAGAUAUGUCAGUGUUCGGGACUUUAAAGGAAAAGUCCUAAUUGAUAUUAGAGAAUACUGGAUGGAUCAGGAAGGCGAAAUGAAACCUGGUAGAAAAGGUAUUUCUUUAAAUCCAGAACAAUGGAGCCAGCUGAAGGAACAGAUUUCUGAUAUUGAUGAUGCAGUAAGAAAACUGUAAAAUCAGAGCCAUAUGAAACCUGUACUGUUUUAGUUGUUUUAAUCAGUCUUUUUACAUUGGCUUUUGUUUUCUAAACUAUUUGUUUUCCAAGCUAUUGUAUAUUUGGAUUGCAAAACAAUUUGUAAGAUGAAUCCUUUUUUUUAAAUGUGCAUUAUUAAAAAGUGUAUUCUGAGUGAAGCUAAUUGUCUAUACUUUAUUAAAAAGGAAUGCUUUGCAUCCACCACCUGGUGUAAAAUAAAACCAAGUAAUAAAAUCUAACUGUUGUGGCCUUGUUUGAUUAGAAGUGUUGGUUGCUGGUAAGGCCAGUAUUAACAAUUUGUAGAUCUUUUAGUUUCAGCUCAACUAAUGUUAAGGAGGCAUUGAAUAGCAUUGAAUUUAACAAUAAACAUUUGAUAUGUGAAAGCUAGAGCUUAUCAUCUUUUCUCUUCAAAAUAUCCAAAUAUCCAAAACUGAUUUGACUUAAACUUUUUUCACUGUCAUAAUUUUACUUCUUUUACCCUUUAUUUCUUUCAUUUUUCCCUAGGGUGGCUUGUCUUUUUGAAACUUAAUUUCAUUUCUUUCCCUAAAUGAUAUAAUGUUAGUUUUUAGAGACUUCAGUGGUAUUGAAAUACUAAGGUAUCACUCACUAAGGUACCAAUUGUCAAUUUAAAUACUGUAUGUGGAAGCCUUAGAAUUAAUUCCACUGUAAUAAAUAUUGCAUUACACUUAAAAAUGAACAUUGCUUGUAUUUACUCUAAGCAAGUGUAUGUUAAUUACCCCAGAGUUCUGUGUAGUUACCAAGCCACCUUGUUUAGUCUGCAGAAAAUCAUGAUAUGAAAGUCUUAAUUUGCCUUUACUUUUGAAAGAUGUUUACAGAUUUUAGGAUGAUGUCUGUAAAAUCAGAUAUUAUUGUUAAAUUACCUCAGAUUAGGAUUUAAUAAAAAUCCAGAAAGUUUACUGGUCCUAACUUUUUAUUUUAGAUAUGGAGAGUAUGGAGAGUAUAUAGACUUUGCCAUCCGAGAGUACGAUAGUAUAUAAACUUUGUCAUCAGAGAAAUAAUUACGCUUAACCAUGUUGCUAUAUUAGUAUAGUAAACUUUUAUAAGAGUAGGCUGAUACUUGUUUUCUGUGGUUUCUCCCACAUUAGUCUGUUGGGAAUGAUAUUGUUUUGGCCAUGCACUUAAGUGCCAGCAUGUACCUAAGUGGAUUUGAUUGACCUACGCUUAGCUUUUAGCUCCUUUUUACCCUAUUGUGUCUGAAGAGGGAGGCACAGGAAUGGUGAAAUAGAAAAUGCACAAACACUAUGGUGAUGGACAUAAUAGCUAUAAGAUCUGAAGAGGGCAUCGAUAGGGGUGUGUGUGAAACCAUGCAAUACUUGUGGUAAUCUUAAAGGGAAAUGUAACUGAGUAGUUAGAAAAGAUGGGGAGACUAAUGGUCAUACAGCUUUAGAUUGAAGGCAAGUAGGGAUAAGAAUACUUAUAUUUUGACUGAUCCAAACUUGAUAACAUUUUUAGAAUAGAAUAUACAUUCAGGUAGCACUAUGAAAAAUGUGAUUCUUUUACUGUGGUGGCACUUUAAGAUCAAUUCAUAUAACUAUGCGAUUAUGAUUUACUCAUAUAUGUUGUUUCUUGAAGGCCUUUUGAGAAUAAAUUCUUGUUGACAAAGUGGCUUUAAAUUUGGUAGCAAACCCCGAAUGGCUACUGCCAUCAGUCAGCUUAGAUAUUUGGCAGUGUUUCAUUGGUCCUCUGCAAAUGCCUAGGAACUCCACCCUUCCUAUUAAGUGUAUUUGUUUGAUUUGCAGUCCAGAAAAUAUUUUAUAGUAGAAUAGUCAGGAGCUUAAUUUUAAGACUAUCUGGCCAAUGAAUAUAGUUGCUGAUUCUUAACUGAAAGUUACUCUUUAUAAGUGAGAUUUUGUACUUUUUAGAUGAACUCUUAUAGUAUCUUACAUUACCUGUGAUUAAGUAAAUACUUUGAGGGAAUAAGGAAAUUCUUGAUAUAUAAUAGUACCUAUAAUAUAGACCAAAAGAUUCAAAUUGUGUUUCUCUAGGCUGCAAUUUUGCCCAAUUUUUGAGGGAAGCAUCUUACCCUAUCAAGUUAUCUAAGAUAUAAUUUAAAUGCAUUGUUCCUUUUUGACUAACAAGAGUGAGUUUUAAAGCAAAGGACUUGAGUUUGGUUGUUAGGGAAUAAUGAGAUGGUGUAUUUCAAAGCUUUAAAUGGAUUUGUAAGCUAACACAUUAAUAGACUUUGCUAUGGUGAAGAUGGUGCUGAAAUCCAUCAGUAAUCUAGGUGUUGAGCAGCUUGUUAAAAUACCUAUAUGUACAAGUAGUUGCAUUGAUAUUAGUAUUAACUUGUUAUCUGUUAAAAUGACACAUCAAAUACACCCACUGAGUAUUCAGUACAUAGUUAAUUUUAUUAUCGUUUGUGUGGGUUAGGGUGUUGGGACAAGUUAAAGGGAAGCAUUACCUUAUUCAUCAUUCUUCAAAAUAAAAUCCCUUGACAAGUAAAAUUUGGCCAUGGAAGUAAGUAUAACACUUACAGAACUGACGUAUUGACAUUUAGGCCUCAGUAAAUUGCACUAUUACUCCAGUGUGCGAACCUGUUAUUAAUGCAGCAAAAAAUUCUCUGAUGCAUUGUCCCUUUUAUGCUUUAUAAGUACAAAAUGUCUUUCAGAGAAAACCACCUACUUUGUCAGCUCUUGAAGAUGUUAUGAUGACGUUCAGCCUUUUUUUAAAUAGAAGAAGCAGUAGCAUGUAAUGGAGAAAGUGCUAGAUGUGGAGUUACUUUUCUCAUCUGUAAAAUGAGGGGGUUGGACCAGAUCAUGGCCUAUGAAAUCCUUCUAAAUCUGUGAUCUAAAUCUAUAAUCCUGUAAUUCAGUCUUGGGCUCUGACACUGACCACGGGCAAGUCAUGUCUUUGCAUAUCAGUUUUCUAGUCUGUAAAAUGGACAUGAUAAUAGUUUGUUUCUGGUUGUGAGGAAAGUGCUUUGUAAGCCUUAAAGGAGUGUUUAUAUAAAAAUGCUAAGGAUAUUUAGAAAAAUUAGAAGAAAUUUUUUGACUGAUGAUGAAAGACAGAAACCAUCUUUGUAAGUUUAUUGCAAAAUGUAAGAGGUUAUUUGCAAUUCAAGCUAAUUUCUGAAGUGUUCCUUGUAGUCUGGAAGAAGUGUUUGAAUAGCUCCAAAAAACUAAAAACAAAUGUGUUGCAGGUGACUAAUGCACAUUGUCUGUUUUACUGAGUUUUUAGGCAACAUUGUUCCUUGAUAGCUGUGCAUUGUACUUUGGUGGUUUAAGAUUUGGUAUAUAACCCAUAAAAAUUAAAGCUAUCCAAUAUUAAUAAAAUUCAGUGUUCAAAAGAAUCAAGAGUUGAGUAGAUCAGUGUGGUAGAUUGACAACUCGGAAACCAUAUUUGGAAUUUGGUGAUAUAGAAUAAAGUCUUUGAAUAAAAUAUUUAAGUCCAUUGACUGGUUGAAUAUACUACAUGGUAUAGUUAAUGGUUCACACUGGUGUAAUAGUUUAUCAUUGAUGUAUACAGUAUGAUUUAUAUCUGAUAAAUGCCAAUAGGCUGAAAAACCAUCAAUGGGAAAUGUAAAUACAAUUUGAGUAUGCCUGUACCAUAUACUGUUUUUCAGGUAUUUCUUCUAAUGGAAAUGAGGCCAGCAAAACGCUCAAAACUGAAAAAUUGUUUGGAUAAAACAUAAGAAUGCUAUCUCUAAGGGGUAAAAAUUCACAAAUUACAAAUGUAUAAUUCUGGUAACUAAAAUCAGUUUGUUAAUCAUUGUGGAAUGUCUGUAUGCUUUGGUACUGUCUGCCAUGGAGAAUAUAAUGCUCCAUCUGUGAAUAUCUUAAAUGUUGAAAUAAAAAUGAGAAAUGUGCUGUU